UUGGGAGGACUCAGUCGUGGAGGCUCUUCUGUCGGACCAAAUGGUACAGUAAAGGUAAGCAAGCAGUACUCCUCCUUUUAUCCCUAUGCAUAGGGCUUAGUACCACUUCCACCCUCACCUAUUCCUCCCCCACGUGUCCCCUCUGCAUGUCGAUCUCUCUACACACAACAAACAAAACCUGACAAACACCCACCUCAUAUACUCUCUCUCUCUCUCUCUCUCUCUCUCUCUCUCACCCCUCCUCCCUUCACUCUCAACAACAAUGGCGGAUUGGCACGGCAUCUCCGGCCAAUCCCAGAGAUCAGCCCGACCCACCCCCACCACCACAAACCCAUCCACCACCUUCCUCACCCGGCUCCACGAAAAUUCCCCAAACUCGACCCGGGUCAUCGGGUUCCUAACCCUCACCAUCAUCGGAGCCGUGUUCCUCCUCCUCACCGGUGUAACCAUCUCCGCUACUGUCCUCGGCCUCAUCUUCUUCUCUCCACUCCUCCUCAUAUCGAGCCCGAUAUGGGUCCCGGUCUGUGCGCUCCUCUUCGUCUUCGCAGCCGGGGUCCUGUGCUUCUGCGGGUUCGGGGUGGUGGUGGCGGCGGCUCUGUCAUGGGUUUACAAGUACUUCACUGGGUCCCACCCGUUUGGUUCGGACCGGGUUGAUUAUGCCAGGACCCGGAUCGCAGACACGGCGAGCCAGGUGAAGGACUACGCGCGAGAGUACGGCGGGUAUUUGCAGAGCAAGGUGAAGGACGCGGCUCCCGGAGCUUGAGUUGAGACUUUUAAGGACUGGUGAACCGGUUUUUGUUUUUGUUUGGAUUUCUUCAGUACCCUUUAAUUUUUGCCUUUCUUUGGAGAAAUUAUUCAAUGAUCUUAGGAGCAUGUCUGUACCCUCUCAUAAGUCAUAGUAGUGAGUGUGGCUAGCACAUUGGGAGGUAAGAUCCGUGCAAUAUUGUGAGGGGUAGAGCAAUGUUUCAGGAGCAUUGAAUUAUUUUCCCUUUCAUUUUGGCUCCUUUCCCCCCCCCCCCGGUUCCGAGUUGCUUACCCUUCUCUUGGCAAAAGUCUUUUUUGGUGUGUACAUAUUGCUGUUUUGUUGAUAUUUUUGUGAGAUGUGUUUGUACCAUAAUUGAGAUUUCCUUUU